AUGGCGAAUGCCCAACGUCUUCCGGCCUCUAUCUUGUUGCGAAUUUUCGAACUCAGCAUCGAAGCGCAAGACCCAUUUCCUGCUCCUAAAUACGACGUGCUCCGCGUCAUAACUCACGCAUACCCCGAGUGGCGUCGGGUCGCUCUCGCCCAGGCUUCUCUUUGGACCCACAUCCAACUCCCGCCGAUCCGUUUUCAACAUCCUGAAAACCUCGUUGGCCUUUUCCAACAGCACGUCGACCGUAGCGCCGAUCUUCCUCUCUCCAUAGAGCUCCAAACCGACGUUCGAGCCCAAUUACCCGGAGGAGAUACGGCGAACGUAGUCGAGGACUACCUAUACGGCGGCGGUGCCAUCUCCAUCAUCGACACCAUCCUUCUUCCCAUAUGCGAGCGCCUCGUCUCCCUGACAUGCCUCCUCUGUGGAGCCGACAUCGUCUGCUUCCUUCACCUUCUCUCCGGCACGUUUCCAGCUCUAGAGCGAGUCUCAAUCACCUUCAUUCACACCCUCGACACUCCGCGCUCGCCAUUCACGGGGUCCCUUGUCGAUUGCUUGAACUUCACGGUAUUCGAGAACCAUAAGGCGCUCAAGGAGGCGACGUUCAAUAUCCUCAACGAGAUCCAUCCUCUCGACCUUAAGCUUCUGUGGACGAUUAUCACGAAGCUCGAUUUGGGCCAGAAUCCCGUCUCUCCGCUGCUGUUCCUACGAAUCAUGCGGCGAGUGUCUCCCUCCCUCAUCGAAGGCUCGUUCCAGAUCGAAUUUCCACGCGUCUCGGCUCGCCCACUCCACCAUCGAUAUUGCGAUGUGCUUAUGCCCCAUCUCACAACUCUUCGCCUCAAGCUCACCAACCCGAGCGUCGAUACGUCGUUCUUCUUCUACUUGCGCGCCCCCGGCCUAGAAAUUCUACGGAUCGAGAAGUACGACGAUUACGCCGGAUGGGAGGUGUCGAUGUUUGACCCUUUCCUUAUGCACUUCACGCGUACCCUCCGCGUCCUCGAGCUGGCCGACUUCUCGCCCAAAGCUCCAGGGUAUGCUCCGCCUGUCCGCAAAUCCUCCCAGACGAGAAUAUACCAAGACCUCGAGAGUCUCUUCGCUAUCCUUCCCCAUCUCGAAGUCCUCCGCCUCCCCUCCUCCAUCCAAAUCCGCAUGCCAAUGAUAGAGAAGCUCGCGAACGGCCUUCUCCUCCCUUUGUUAAUCGAGCUCGAGCUCUACGCCGUCGACCCUGAGCAAGUCCUCUGGAUGAUGAAGGAAAGGAAUUUCCUCUCGGGGUAUUGUCAGCUCCAGCCUGGGUCAUCGAGGCGGGCGAGCGAGGUAGCGUCACAGAUGAACGUCAAGAGUUUUCGGUUGGUCAAGGUGUGGGUCGAUGACUGUGAGGUCGAGUUGUCGUCGUCUGUGAGGGUGGGGAUGGAGUUCGGGUGGAGGGUUGCUUCAGGGAUAUAA